GGCCAGCUACUUGUGCAUCUGUCAACAUACAUCGAUUCCAUCUGGUUUAUCAGUAACUUCACUACUCUACUGUUGCAAAUAAACAAGAAGUGAUUGGCUGUUUGGAAGAAGGUGGGAUGGCAGUGGUCAUGGUGUCAUAGUGUUUCCGAUGGUGGUUUGUUUGUGCGUGGGUUUUUCAGAGAAGUGAAAUGAACUUGUUCUCAUAUUUAACCAUAUAGCCACAGCUGGUUUGUGCUAUGACAGUAGAGUCAUAUACAUAGUUUAUCUCUGAGAAAAGUCAACGGAUGUUUGCCGGGCUGGAUCUUAUUUUUCAUCCUUUUUCUCUUCAGACCCUCACAAAAAGUUAUCCCCCCUCUCAUCUCCUGCUUCAGGCGGCUCCUCCGGGCAUGCUCCUUAAGCCAAAGUAUGACCGCUUCCGCAACGAGUCUGUGACCUCCUCCGACGACCUGAUGCAGAGCUUAGCCAUGAGCGGCAAAGUUGUGGCCACACCGGUAGUCUCCUCCUCCACCCCAAGCCUUCCUCUGCCUCCCCUGCCUCCUCUGGAUCCCAGUGCCAGGACCUCCUCCUCUGCUGGGGCUGCAGCCCUGGCUGACUCCCCUUGCCUGGAUGGGGAACAGGAUGCCACCACAACCUUCUGCAUGCUCAUCCCUAAGAUGCCCCAGUGGAAGUUCUCCAACUCCCUGCUCAGCCGGAGCCCGUCCAACUCCAGCUCCAGCUCCAGCUCUAGCAAGGACUCGGGCAAGGCAGCAGCUCCCUCUCAGGCCUCUGUCUCCCCUUCUUCGACAUCACACAGGCCGAGUGGUGCGACCUCAGCCAGUGGCCCAGUGGCCAGUCUCGCAGCAGUGCUUAACUCCUGUGACCCUGUGUGUGUCACCCCCUGUUCCCUACAGGCCAUCCGCGGGCAGAGAGCAGUCGCAGCAGCACACUCUGCCAGUCCAGCAGGGCACGGAUUUGGGACCUCUGAGGUCAUGGCGAGCCCUGGUGGCUCAAGCAGCUCCAGGUCAGGAAUGAACCGCAGGACAAGAGUGGAAGGCAUGUGGCUUGGGGGAGAAGACUUCAAUCAAAAGGGUAGCUUCAUCCACAAACCUUCCCAGGGCUGGCUGCACCCUGACAAGAAGAUUGCAGGACCUGGAGCUUCUUAUAUUGUCAGAUACAUGGGAUGCAUUGAAGUGUUGAAGUCAAUGCGCUCCCUGGACUUCAACACACGAACUCAGGUGACAAGGGAAGCCAUCAACAGGCUCUGUGAAGCUGUACCGGGAGGAAAGGGGCCUUGGAGGAAGAAGACCCUGAACAAAGCUCUUCAGUCCAUUAUGGGGAAGAGUAACCUGCGAUUUGCAGGCAUGAGUAUCGCCGUCAAUAUUUCCAUAGACGGCCUCGGUCUGCUCAUCCCUACCACACGACAGGUGAUAGCGCACCAUCCCAUGCAGUCCAUCUCAUUUGCUUCUGGCGGAGACACAGACACGCCUGAUUAUGUGGCGUAUGUGGCCAAAGACCCAGUGAAUCAGAGAGCAUGUCAUAUCCUGGAGUGCUCCGAUGGCUUAGCCCAGAGCGUCAUCAGCACUAUCGGCCAGGCCUUCGAGCUGCAGUUCAAACAGUACCUACACAGUCCUCCCAAAACUAUGGCAUCAGUGGAGAGAUCUGUCAGGCCAGAGGAACCAAUGUGGGGGGAAGAUGAGGACUUCUCUGAGCAUGAUUACUACAACAGCAUCCCAGGGAAGGAGCCACCUGUUGGGGGUGUAGUGGAUUCCAGGCUCAGGCCCAGUGGAGCCUUUCUGGGUCACAUCCACACCCAGCCACAGAGCAAGACAGCAGCACAGAUGGGUUCACCGGCUAGAAGGGAGCAAGCAUCUUAUCCCCUAGGUCAGCUGUGUUAUGAGCUUCACUGGGACACUGAGACAACCAGCAGCUCAGGUCUGACAUCAGAUGGUUACCUGUGUGCUGACGGCCAACCACCUGGUAGCAGAGACUAUGAGGAGCAUCAGUAUGUUAACACCCAGAGUCUGGAAAACCUGGAUUCACUGGCACAGGGGCCCAGUGGACACAGAGGAGGCAGACCACCUGACAGUCCCAAGAAAGAUCUCUUUGACAUGAGGCCCUUUGAGGAUGCCCUGAAGCUCCAUGAGGCCAGCGGUGGAGCUGUUGGCUCAGCUGGAGGCUGUCAAGCUGGUGGGGGAGGCGUUCGGAUCCUGGAGGACCAGUGGCCCAGCCCUCCACGCCGUCGAGCCCCUGUGGCCCCAAAUGAGGAUCAGCUCCGCAGGGAGACCUGGUACCACAGCCGAAUGAGCCGACGAGACGCAGAGAAACUGCUGGUCCGAGAUGGAGAUUUCCUCGUUCGGGAGAGCACGACCAACCCGGGACAAUAUGUGCUGACAGGAAUGCACUGUGGCCUGCCCAAACAUCUACUGCUAGUGGACCCUGAGGGGGUGGUCCGAACCAAAGACAUGUUAUUUGAGAGCAUAAGCCACCUUAUCUCAUACCAUCUGAAGAAUGAGCUGCCCAUUGUAGCAGCAGAGAGUGAGCUCCACCUUAAACAGGUGGUCAGGAGGAAACAGUGAGCCACCUGCCCCUGCAUGGGAAGAGCUGAAUUUUUACAUGCCCAUGCAAAAAAAAAACAAAAAAAAAAGAACACGAAAGGAAAGGAAAAAUCCCCAUAACUGGAAAUAAUGUAUCACUGAUGGAUGUUUAUCUGGAACAAAGAAUAUCACAGACACGUGGUUUCCAUGAACAACGCUACCCAGCAGAUUAAGACAUCUGACAUCUCCUUGUACUUUCUCUGCCUGUUGGCCUACCAGGAUCGGCCAAACUGUCCCUCAACUGUCGUAAACUCCUCAGCAUGCAGCUAUUAAGAAAACCGAUCAGAAUGCAAACUUUGACUUGACCCUGAGCUGGAUAUUUGUUAACCAGUGCGACUGUUCGGAGAGGAUCCAGCUUCAGGAAAUCACACGAGGAUAUGAUGCGCAGUGAAGAAAUCUCCUAUAAUGCCUGUAAUAGUGAUGUGCUUCCAGUCUACCAUGACUUGCCCAACCAGUCAUUCACGAAAGAAAACAAAAGAUCCACUCACCAGAACAAAACUGUCACUGAUUAUUUAGUGUGGAUAUUGAAAAAACAAAGAUGUCAGGCUCCAUAUUCGUUAGUUCAUUUCAGUAUAAAUGCAGGAAAUGAAAAUACUGUAAGAGACAACUGAAGAAAUGUCUGUUUAAUUGAGCUGUUAAGCGUGUUUGUUGUCACAUGUUCACAGGACUGCAGUACCUGACUUUGAGAUGGCACAAAGGAAACACACUGAUUCAGUGCCAAGUUUAUAAAAUAGCCAUGCAUUCGUCUUUCUUUUUGUUUCUCCAUAAUAAUCUAAGCACCAAAUUCCACUAUAUCUACAUGUAAACAGCCAAGUGAACGGAAAAUACAUUCUCUUGAAAGCAGAAAGUUAAAAGACUUUUAACAUGGAUAUCAGUCAUUUGUGUUGUGUUCGUAAGGGCUGUUCAUAAUUUGUCAAAGACAUAUUGUAUGUGUUGUAUAGUCCUGUGGAAACUAUUGGUUUGACUGUAUUCUGAGGUCAAAUUAAUACUACAUCCUGGGUUAAAAACACCCACUGCGCUCACAAACUCAGUAUAUCCAUGCCUGUAUUUCCCCAACCCCUCCAACUUCAGUGCCUUAAUAACUACAGAGACAGGCAUUUGUGUCAGAGUGUAUAUAAUGUGCAUUUAUGCUCCUAAUGCAAAAGACUAGUUUUCUUGCCAUGCCAAUGAAUGACUGAACAAACUUCAGGAUGAUUAAGCUCUUAUACUUGUGAACAGUAAUCUAAGCUGCUCUUGUUUUGAGGUGAAUAAUGUUUAAUACUGUCUUAUCGUGGUCACGAUUGUCAUUGUCUUUAUGUGUAUCCCUUAGAACAUUCCCCUAGAUUAAUCUUUUUGUUUUCUUUGAAGCAAGCCAUAGAUAGCGCUUCUCUACAGUAAUUAAUAUUAAAGACAGGGGAUUUGGACUUGAAAUUAGAUCCUUUAUUUGUCCCGGGCUCAGGGAAAUACAUCAGUUAACUGACUGUCCUUAUCCCACAUCUAUGUCUGUACAUCUCAAUGACUUGCUUGUCUUAUUUCUGUUCUUUGGCUACACUGACAGCAAUUUUCUUACCCUAUUUUUGCCAAUACUUUUAAAUCUUAUUAGAGGUAGGCCAUAUCCUUUUUUACAUUUCUCUCUGUCAUUAGCAACAUAUCUAUAAUCAGCCCCUCCGCUGUUCAUAGCUGCAGCCUCAUGAAUGCACAGGGUGAUGAGGUGAACCACAAGGCUUUGAGGUGAGGUCCAAAUGAUUGAUGUAAUUUUUUUCAGAUCUCCCCUUUUGCGUUCUCAGGAAUUUCUUGGAUCUUUCCUUCUUUGAUUAACUUUAUUGGCUUUUUUUUGUCAAUAAAAUUAGUUAAAGAGUUAAUUAAAAAUUAACUAAAGAAUAUGGCUGGUAUUUUGUCAUUUGUGAGUCUUCAUAUCUGCUAGCUAAAUGUAGCUGCCGCACAGUGA